AUGGGAGCAAGGAAGAAGGAAGCCUCCCGCCGGGAGCGGGAGGGUGUCUCAACAGAUGGUAUGGGGAACGUCAAAAUCAAAGGGGAGAAUUUCUACCGAAAUGCCAAAAAGAUCAAGACCUUGAACAUGCUUAAGGAUGGAAAGGCGCAGAGAAAUGCUUCAGGAAAAGUUACCAAAGCCGCCUCAUACCAAUCACGAGAAAUCCCGAAAGCACGAGUCGAGCCAAAUCGGAAAUGGUUUGGGAACACUCGAGUCAUAACUCAAGAGGCAUUGGAGUCCUUCAGGCAGGCUGUGGCGGAACGGGCGGCCGAUCCGUACCAGGUCCUACUCAAGACGAACAAGCUACCGAUGAGCCUCAUCAGGGACAAUGAAAACACCAAGAACGGCGUAAAGCAACACCAGGCCAAGAUCGCUGUGGAAUCUACCCCAUUCGCCGAUACAUUCGGCCCCAAAUCGCAAAGGAAGCGGGUCAAACUCAACGCCGCUUCUGUGGCGGACUUGGCUGGCGAGUCAGUCAAGAUGCACGACAACUACUUGGAGCGGCUGGAAGAGAACAAAUUGCUCAGUGGGCAGACGGUCGAGGAGCAGCUGCAAAGAGAGCAAGACGGAGAACUAACAACAGCCCGCGAACCGAUCUUCUCUAAAGGUCAGAGCAAACGGAUAUGGAAUGAGUUGUACAAAGUCAUCGAUUCGUCCGAUGUCGUGAUUCAUGUCUUGGACGCUCGAGAUCCCGAGGGAACGAGAUGUCGUAGUGUGGAAAAGUACAUUCGCGAAGAGGCGCCGCACAAGCACCUGGUCUUCGUCCUCAACAAAUGCGACCUCGUGCCGACUAAGGUAGCGGCUCAAUGGGUGCGGUUGUUAUCAAAAGAAUACCCAACGCUGGCAUUCCAUGCGUCCAUGACGAAUUCCUUUGGCAAAGGCUCCCUGAUUACGCUUUUACGACAAUUUUCGAUUUUGCAUGCAGCAAGAAAACAGAUCUCCGUGGGCUUCAUCGGAUACCCGAACACCGGCAAGUCCUCGAUCAUCAACACUUUACGGAAGAAACGAGUUUGCACUGUGGCACCAAUUCCUGGUGAGACGAAAGUGUGGCAGUACAUCACUCUUAUGAAGAGAAUCUACCUCAUCGACUGCCCGGGAGUCGUGCCACCUAGUCACGGCGACUCGGAAGAGGACAUCCUCCUCCGGGGUGUCGUCCGGGUCGAAAACGUUGAACACCCGGCACAAUAUAUCGAGGCGGUGUUACGGCGGACUCAAACACGCCAUAUUGAACGGACCUAUGAAGUUAAAGCUGCAGAUUACAAUGAGGAUCCAAUAGAGUUCCUCAGUAUUCUCGCCCGGAAGGGCGGGAGAUUACUGAAAGGCGGCGAGCCUGACGUCGACGGCGUUGCGAAGAUGGUACUGAAUGAUUUCCUACGCGGCAAGAUUCCGUGGUUUACGCCUCCACCGAGAAGAGAGGGUAUGGAGCCAUCUGGCGAAGACGAAUCGGCAAGAGUAGUUGAAGGACGUGAAGGUCGUCUCGGUGAGAUGCCUGGUAAGAGAGAAGCCACGGCAGCCGGCUUGGAUGAAGACGACCAGGAAGCCGAAGGCGACUCAGAACAUGAAGAACAAGGCCAAUCCAGUGACAGUGAUAAUGAGUCAGAGGACGAGAAUUCUACACAUCAAGCUGUCGAUGAUUUUGGAGGGUUUGACGACGAAAAUGACGACACGAGUGCCGCUGAGAGCGACGGCGAUGGCGGAACGCAGUUGUGA